AUGGCUUUGCUUCCUUUUUUCGGAUCAAUUGUCGCCGUGGUUUUAUCUCAGUUAUGGAAUCCCUUGGGGUUGCACUUGGGGUAUCCCGUAAAGGUCGGAGGGAACAUGAAGAAGCUAACGAUCUUCACGAAAAGGUUGCAAGCUAGAAGAGAUGAUAUAAAAGCGCAAAUCGACAUCGCAGAAAGAAGACAUAAAACACGCAAGCACAAAGCGAAAGAAUGGUUACAAAGUGUCAAAGCCAUCGAAGGUGAGGUGAAAGUGAUAAAACACGCUUACGAUGAAAGAUGCCGAUGCUGUGGGGAGUUCUCUCUUGACAUUAUUGGCAAACAUAGGAUCAGUCGAAGAGCUGCGAAGAAGCUUAAACAAGUGAUGGAGUUGUUUGAUCGAGGAGGCGCUUUUGAAGAAAUCGCCGUUGAGUUGCCUCUGCCUUCGAUCGAGGAGAUGCCUAUUGCAUCUGCGGUUAUCGGAAUGCAAUCCAAUCUAGAGAAGAUACUUCGCCACCUCGAAGACGACAAAGUCGGAGUGGUCGGCGUAUGGGGAAUGGGAGGAGUAGGAAAGACCACUUUGCUGAAAUCCAUCAACAAUCACCUUCUUGCUGAUUUUGAAAGCUUCUGCUAUGAUCACGUCGUUUGUAUCGCGGCAUCAAAAGGUUGCAAGUUAGAGAACCUUCAACUGGACAUAGCUGAGAAGAUUGGCCUCUACUUGAAGCAGGAUUCGAGCAUAACAACGUCGCAUACUUCUACGAUCUUCAACUUGUUAAAGAACAAGAAGUUUUUACUGCUGUUGGAUGAUCUGUGGGAGCCGAUAGACCUCGCAGGAGUCGGAAUUCCACAGCCUAAUGGCACGAGGAAUCAAAAGAUAGUGUUGACGACACGGUUCGAAAAGGUAUGCGGCAACAUGGGAGUUCAUACCAAGAUCAAAUUGGAGUGCGUGGAACCCGACAACGCGUGGGAGCUGUUCAAAAACAGUGUUAGCGAAGACACCGUAAACUCGGAUGCUCGAAUACAAUCCUUAGCAAGGAAAGUCUGCAGGAGGUGUAGUGGAUUGCCACUUGCGCUCAUUUUCGUAGGCCGUUCGAUGUCUACGAAGAGGACGUUGCAAGAAUGGGAGAACGCUAUCGCGUCUCUCGAGAACAUGCGUCUUUCGGGAAAUUCAUGUAUGAAGGAUGCUCACCCUGUGCUUAGCACAAUAAGAUUUAGCUAUGACAUUUUGGAAGACGAGCAGACGAAAAGAUGCUUCUUGACUUGCGCCCUGUGGCCUGAAGGCUAUUCCAUCUGGAAAGUCGAGCUCGUGGACUUCUGGAUGGGGUUGGGGUUACAACCAAUCCGCGCGACGAUCGAAGAUGCAUACAAUGAGGGAUUCUCCCGCAUCGAACGAUUGAAGAAAGCAUGCUUGUUGGAAGACGGCGACGUGAGCGAUAAAGAAGUAUGA